UUGGUGGAGGACGGCGGCUACGUGUUCCGAGGAGUGCCUUACACGAUGGCCCCGGUCGGGGAGAGGCGGUGGAGGAUUUCCACGCCGCACCGGAACAUCAGCGAGUGCUGGGCGGGGACGUACGCGGCGCACAACGCGAGCACGCCGUGCUGGCAGUUCUACUCGGACGGGAGGUACGACGGGGCGGAGGACUGCCUCACGGUGGACGUGUACACGCCGGUGGUGGCGUACGAGAAGGCGCUGCCGGUGGUGGUGCUGGUGAGGGGGGAGACGUUCAACGGGGGGAUGCAGGGGGACCUCGUGCCGUCGGUGGGGCUGGCGAGGAGGAGGAACGUCGUCUUCGUCGUCGUCAACUAUCGGCUCAACGUCAUGGGGUUUUUGGCGUUGAGGGAGCUGUCGCAGGGGUCGCCCGGGGUGUCGGGGGUGUCGGGGAAUUACGGGAUGGGGGAUGUCAUCACUGCGCUCCAGUGGGUCCAGAUGAACAUCCAGCACUUUGGGGGGAACUUCAACAGCGUGACGCUGCUGGGUCACAUGGCGGGGGCGACGCUGGUCACGGCCUUGACUUCCACCUUGAAGGUGAAGGACCUGACGGCUCCGGUGAGGGGGCGACCCAUCGAGUACCGGACCAGGCGGCUGUUCCACAGGGCGUGGAUCGCGAGCGGCAGCGGCGUGUUCGUCAACGAGUCCCUGUACGUGUCGGAGACUCUGAACACGAUCAUCCGGGAGAGGGCCGGCUGCUCGAAUCUGCCGUGUCUGAUGAGGCAGACGCCGGAGAUCCUGUUGGAGGCGGUGCCGCCCACGUGGCCCCGGUUCUUCUACGACCUGCCGCCCGAGGAGGGCGACAAGGUGCGCCACUCGUGGCUCACCAUCGACGGGCACAUUCUCACCCAGGAGCCGACCGAUGCCUGGGCCGACGAUCGGUUCAGGCACGACGUGCCGCUCGUCUUCGGGACGACGACCCACGCAGAAUAUCGAGGCUGGACAAAUCAAGCGAAGCGCUUCGACCCGUUCGUGAACACGACGGACAAGAUGCACAACCUGGUCCACUCGCACCUGGACUCCCUGUCGGUGGACCUGGCCACGGAGGCGAUCCAGAAGUACAUGCCCUACACGAACGGCGGGAAGGAGGUGCUGUGGCCGCAGUACUACUCGAUGGUGACGGACCUCCGGACGCUGUGCCCCCUGGCGGAGCUGGCGCGGAAGGCGGCCACCUCCUUCGCGAGUCCGGUCUACUUCUACGUGGCGGAGCAGGGGAGGGCCACGCUCGUGGGGAACGUGACGGACCCGUUCGCGGACGUGAUGGCGAUCAUAGGAAUGUACAAUGCCUCGGGCGCCGCCGAGGAGAGGUUCCGCGACAACAUCCAGGACCUCUUCUAUGGGUUCGUGUACGAGGGGACGCUGGAGAACAACGAACGAUACCCCCGAGGGCUCUACCACGUCGGCGAGAGAGUCGACGUUCUCUCCGGAUAUCCCAAGUGCAAGCUCUGGUUGGAUUCUCUCGCUUACCCGCGAUACGCGCGCAUGGACUGAUUUCGCGUGCCUGCGCGGGAGACAUGUGCCAAAGCGAAUUUUUCCAGGGACGACCAAACCUUGCUUCUUAAACCAGCCGUAUUCGAUAUUUUUUAGCCCCGAACCCCCAAGAUACUCAGUGUAAAUAUUUUCUCUCCAUCCUGGAAGAGAGAAAAUUGACGAAAUCUCAGGAAUGAUCUCUCCGAGACAGGGAACGACGGACUGACUUUUUUUUUUUUUACGAGUAGGUUUACCUGUGAUAAACCAGAAAGAGAAGAAAGACAGGCAUUUUUUUUUGUCCGACAUAAACUUGGUUUUUCAGUGUCACUAGUCGUGCGAGUUGAGUGUCGUGUGUGGAAAUGCGUGUCCAGUACAAAAGAUACGGAAAAUUGCCCCUUGCCGACGAGUUCUAUUGCGGAUUUGCAUUCCAGGAUAUGAGACGUACCCGUGGAUUAUGCAUUUUUGACUGUCAUUUUUGUGCAUGAAUGU